AUGCCUCCAUCCUUUGACUCCAUCUGUCUGACUGAACGCCUCCAAGAGGUCCUUUGGAGACUACAAACGGCUGACCUGAAAGUGCAGCAGGAAAACUGCCAUUUCUGGGUGCCACAGGUUGAAUUCCUCGGGUUCCUGAUCAACAUCGAUGACAUUCACCCAACCACCGCCAAAGUGAAGGCCAUCCAAAGCGCACUUUCUCCAACAUCAGAAAAGGAGCUCCAGUCCUUCUUCAGUCUCCCGAACUUCUGCCAUUCCUUCUUGCCACAUAAGGCAUCCUUGGAUAUUGUAAUAACUAUCUUCCAAGUCAUGGAGAGAGCCCUCAGGCCCAGCCUUAACUCUGCAGAAUGUCAGAACGCAAGCAUGGUGACGACCUUCAUCCUCUUGGGCUUUACUGAAAGGCCUGAACUGGGUCCUCUCUUUUCCAGUGUCUUCCUUCUUCUCUACAUGUUCACAGUGCUGGGCAACGGCUGGAUGGUCACCUUGAUCCGAGCUGAACAGCGUCUUCACACCCCAAUGUAUUUCUUCCUCAGUAACCUCUCCUUUUUGGACCUCUGUUACUCUUCCGUCAUUGCGCCCAAAGCACUGGAGGUCCAGUUGCAGUGGAGCAGGGCAACCAUUUCCCUGCCAGCUUGUGCCACCCAGAUGUUCUGCUUUACUACCCUGGUGACUGCCGAGUGCUUCCUCCUGGCGGCCAUGGCGUACGAUCGCUUCUUAGCCAUCUGCCACCCAUUGACCUAUACCUUGCUCAUGACCCAACGGUGCUGCCUCCAGCUGGUUCUCGGGGCUUACGGUUGUGGCCUUCUUGGUUCCAUCAUUCAGACUACUGGCGCUUUCCGCUUGUCCUACUAUGGCCCCAACCAGAUAAACCACUUCUUCUGCGACAUCCCCGCUGUCCUGAAGCUCUCCUGCUCCGACACCCAUCUCUCCGAAGCGAUCCUGUUUGCCUCCACAAGCGUCAUUGCUGUGGUCACCACAGCAAUCAUCUUCGUCUCAUAUACACGAGUCCUGUGGAAUGUCCUCAGAGGCCAUGCCAGCCAAGGGCGCCGAAAAGCCCUCUCUACCUGCACUUCACACCUCACUACUCUUAGUCUCUUUUAUGGCACCGCCAUUUUCAUGUACGCCCAGCCAAGGACCAAAGGGUCCCAAGACCAAGACAAGGUGGUUUCCAUGGUCUAUACUCUGGUGAUUCCGAUGCUUAAUCCGCUGAUCUACAGCUUGAGGAACAAGGAUGUGAAGGAAGCAAUGAAGCACUUGAUGAGUAGGAAGAUAAGGUCUGGCUGUUAAGUAAUA